AUGCCUGGCAGCGCCGCCAGCUAUCGAAUCGCUGGCGAGCUCAAUUGCUUCGUUAUACUAGGCGAGCAGCUCACAAAUGAUCACUCUCUGGUUCAAGCGACGCUGCAGUUCGCCCAUGAUGCCGCAAUUACAUCCGAACUUAUGCGGUUCACUCCUUCGAUCCUGCAAACUCCCGUUUCUUUUGUAUCCAUGCACUGGAGCGGCGCUUGUAGAGUUCUUCAAGAACGCAUAUCUUGCGAAAUACGGGAGCGAUUGAGCAGUCAGAAUUGUGCUGAAGACGCCGAUAAAGAACAGAUGGACUGUAUACAGUGGACUAUCAACGCAUUACGCCGAUCUAGCGUAAUGAGCGUUACCGGAGUUUUGGAAAGAACCAUGGGUUUCUUGUUCGCUAGCGCUCAUCAAAUACCCCCUCUUGUAGCUUCCUCACUGUAUGUAUUGUGCCGACAUCCUGAAUAUCUACAACCGUUACAAGAGGAAUUGUCGCGCAUAGCUGAGGAUGGACUAUCGAGAACGCGUAAUCAGGAUACUCCGCUACUAGACAGCUUCUUGAAAGAGACAGCUCGACUCCAUCCUCUUCAAACAGUCGCCAUGAAUAGAAAAGUCAUGACACCCUUCGUCUUCUCAGAUGGCACACAUGUCCCAGCAGGCAACACUGUUUGCGUUCCUCAACAGGCUAUGAUGCUGGACCCAAAAAAUUAUGCCAACCCGUUGGAAUUCCAAGGAUUCAGAUUUGUAACCCAGCGUGAUGGGGUCACCACUUCAACAUCUCGCCUGUCACAUCCUAGUCUCCUCUUUCCAUUCUGGGGAGCUGUAGACCGUGCAUGGACCUUAAAAAUUGCCGGACUAAGUGUCAACCUCAGUAGUAUCAGUGAUGGAUCAAGACCAGUGGGCAAGGAAGAAAGAAUCACUGGUAGACUGCACGGAAGACUAGGCACCUGCCUGUCAAGCCAGUACAAAAAGACAGUGGCACCGGCUACGCAGCCGGCGAUCACGGCCCCUGUUACGAUGACGAUUUCCAAAGGGCUUGCGAAAGCUGGCAUGGCGAUGACGCCUUUCCUUUGGGACUGGGCGAAAGAGUGGGAGUGGGGUCGGGCGCAAGGUUCGGUGGGGGAGGUGACACUGUGA